UCGCGAUAACUGCGCUCUUGUCCGGAUCCAAACAGGAACUGAGCCAUGGCGAGAGUGUUCGGCGGAGUUGAGGGUGGAGGAACUCACUCCAAAGCGGUGUUGCUGUCGGGGGAUGGGAAGGUGCUGGCAGAGACAACAGGGCCGUCCACCAACCACUGGUUGGUCGGGGUGGACAAAUGUAUCUCAACCAUCAAUGACAUGGUCCAGAGAGCCAAGGCUGAGGCGGGGAUGGAUCCAAACACGCCGUUAUACUUGCUGGGCAUGUCUCUGAGCGGAGGCGAGCAGAAGGAUGCCAUCGACAAACUGAUCGCUCUCAUGAAGGAGCGGUUCCCCGGCCUCAGCGAGCACUACUUCAUCACCACCGACGCCAUUGGGGCCAUGGCCACGGCCAGUGAUCGCGGCGGUGUUGUCCUGAUAUCAGGGACUGGCUCAAACUGCAAAUUAGUCAAUCCCGAUGGCUCGCAGAUCGGCUGUGGAGGCUGGGGUCACAUGAUGGGUGACGAGGGAUCAGCCUUCUGGAUCGCUCACUUGGCUGUGAAGACGGUGUUUGAUGCCAGAGACAACCUGGCCGCUCCUCCUCACGACACUACGCAUGUUCGAAAAGCCAUGGAGGAGUAUUUCCAGGUGUCAGAUCUGAUGGGCAUGCUGCCACACCUCUACACAAACUUCCAGAAGUCUUAUUUUGCAGGUUUCUGCAAGAAGCUGGCUGAAGGUGCCGAGGCAGGGGAUGCUCUCUGUCAGUAUGUGUUCUCUCAGGCUGGGCAAGUCCUGGCAAAGCAUGUAGAAGCAGUCUUACCUGCUGCACAGGAGCCGUUAGUGAGCGGCGACCUCGGCCUGCCCAUCCUGUGUGUGGGCUCGGUGUGGAAGAGCUGGGAGCUCCUGAAGCCAGGUUUCACUGAAGUCUUGGAUAAAGUGGCAUCGUCUGACAAGUUCAAGGGCCAUUUCCACGGCUACAGCCUCCUAAUUUUGCAGCGGUCUUCAGCCCUCGGCGGUGCCAGUCUCGGGGCCCAGCGUUCAGGUGCUACCAUAGCUAUGGAUUAUGCUGCCAAUGCCAAAGUCUUCUAUCGACACACCUUCAGCAGCAGCACAUGAGAAUGCCGUGCAGGAAGAUGUACCGACCAAUUAUUAAUUUUUAGCAUGAUUGUUUUACACAUGAUUUUUAACAUCCUACAAGAUUCCAAGACAGCGGUCGAAAAGAGUUGAGAUCUCUGUGGUUUUAACUGCUGCGUGGCAGCUUUAAUGACAGUAAACUUAUAGUACUUUCAUUGUACUGUAUAAAGACUUUUUAAAACUUGUAUACAUUUAUGAUUUAUAAAUAAAAAAUAAAGCUGGAUUA